AUGACGGUCAAAUCUCCGAAUGUCCACUGUGAUGCACCGUUGGUCGAUUCGGCAGCACUGCCACUGGAGCACAGAGCCGUCUACGGUCCGCCUGCACCAUCACCAGUAUACGGUACGCCUGGUUUGCUGAGUGGCGGCGGAGGUAGCGGUGGCCUGCUCGGUGGCGGCGGCGGUGGCGGCGGCGGAGACGACCCGUGGCCACUGUCCGCCUCGAACGACAGCCCGCAGAUCAAGCAUCUGCAGGUGCAGUGCGAAAAGACGCACAUGCGCGUCAACAUCGAGUUCGACCGUCCGUUCUACGGUAUGAUCUUCUCGAAGGGUUUCUACAGCGAUCCGCACUGUGUGCAUCUGAAACCGGGCACCGGCCAUCUGAGCGCCACGUUCGAGAUCUUCCUGAACAGCUGCGGUAUGUCCAGCUCGGCCAACCACAAUGCGGCGAGCUUCGGUGGUCCGACACCGUCCGGUAGCUACGUCGAGAACACGAUCAUCAUCCAGUACGAUCCGUACGUACAGGAGGUUUGGGAUCAGGCCCGUAAACUUCGCUGCACCUGGUACGACUUCUACGAAAAGGCGGUCACCUUCCGUCCGUUCCAGGUGGAUAUGCUGCACGCCGUUACGGCUAACUUCUUGGGCGACAAUCUCCAGUGCUGGAUGCAGAUCCAGGUUGGCAAGGGACCAUGGGCGUCCGAGGUAUCGGGCAUCGUGAAGAUCGGUCAAACGAUGACGAUGGUGCUGGCGAUCAAGGAUGAUGAGAACAAGUUCGACAUGCUGGUGCGCAACUGCGUUGCCCACGAUGGCAAGCGGGCCCCGAUACAGUUGGUCGAUCAGCACGGUUGCGUGGUGCGGCCUAAGAUUAUGAGCAAGUUCCAGAAGAUAAAGAACUUCGGCCCGUCCGCAUCGGUCGUAUCGUUUGCCUACUUCCAGGCGUUCAAGUUCCCCGACUCGAUGAACGUACACUUCCAGUGCGUGAUCCAGGUCUGCCGGUAUAACUGCCCCGAGCCCAAGUGUGCCGGCGGUGACUACGGACUGCCGGCGUUGACCGGUAACGGCAUCUCGGGCGAGUACGGUGCACCGGGAGCACUGAGCGGCGAAUAUGGACCACCGCAUCUGUCCGAGUACGGCGUACCACCGGCGGCCUAUCCCGAUCCUCGCCAUCCUUCCGACGCAUCCGGUGCGUACUCGGAGAACCAGGACAGUGUGGUGCCGGCACCGCAAGCCCAAACAUCUGCCAACUCGGCCGAGAACAAAUCGGACGGCCCGGUGAACGCGAACGAUCGCAUCGAAUCCCAGGCACAGUCAUCGAACCCAACGUCGAACGAUAUUCACGACCACAUCAACAUGCCGCCGCCACCACCGCCAGGCCAGACGUCGUACGUUACCGUAACCAAGCAGAAGAAGGACGACGGACUGUCGGGUGAGAACAGCGGCAAUCUGGUCAGCUUGGGCGGUCGGCCACGGUCGGUCGAGGGGCUGGAUGAUCUGCGCGGUGUGCGCCGGCGACGGGACACGAUGUCCGUGGUGAUCCGGCCACGUAUCUACAAGCGCGACGCCCAGGAAAUGACGGACGUCAACACGGAGCGCAUCAUCCAGGUGGUGGCACCGGGCGACGUUAACUUUGCGCUAAACAGCGCGUCCGGCAACGAGACGGUCGUGAUCCAGUCCCAGCGCACCGUCGAUCCGGAAACGAUCUGUAUGUCGGUGCCGAGCUUUGUCGGUGGGUUGGUGAUGUUGCUGCUGGUGCUGGCCGUCGCAUCCCUAGUCGCUGCGUUCCUGUUUGUGCGCGUGCGACACUUCGACCGGAAAGCCAAUCCUUUCUCCGGACACUAA